UCAGCAAGGCUGGAGUCGGAUUGCAUCGGAUGUUUUUCGAGCACAGCGGUCUGCGGGACGUGGUGUCUGCUGGCGUCGGUAAUGCUCAUCAUCCAGGCCUAUAUUUAACAUUUGAAUGAUAUCACUCAGCUAAGAAGGCGUUUUCUCCGCCGCAUGCACAUGCACACCGAGGAGACUGCGCUGCUCGGAACCGCCAGUAUGGACUUACACAUAUUGGACCACAGGCUACGGGUCACCAGCAUAUGCAAGAAUGGUCUGGUGAAUUUCACACACCCCCUGAUUAAACUGAUAUUUCUUCGGAACAGGACACGAUGUAAGUUUUUCAGUCUGACGGAGACACCAGAGAACUACACAGUCGUCCUUGACGAGGAAGGGUUCAAAGAGCUCCAGCCCUCAGAGCAUCUCAAGGUAGAAAGCUCCAUCUGGCUGCCGCUCAACGUGGUCUCCAAUGGCAACUCCUCCAGCAGCUCACAGGCUGUUGGCGUGACCAAGAUCGCCAAGUCGGUCAUCGCCCCUCUGGCCCAGCAGCACGUCUCUGUCUUCAUGCUCUCCACUUAUCAAACCGACUUUAUCCUGGUGAGAGAGAAAGACCUGUCUGUGGUCAUCCAGACUCUGGAGGAGGAGUUCAAUAUCUACAAGGAGGUGGGAGGAGAGUCUGUCCCUAUGCAUUGUCAGGAGGUUUCCAACGGCCUCCAGAAGAACGGAAAAGAAGCCAUCCAGCCCACAGUUCACCCGGUGCUGAUCCCCCAGAACCAGUUCUGUGUCAUGUCUCUGGACCCGGACACACUGCCGUCCAUCGCCACCACGCUCAUUGACGUGCUCUUUUAUUCCAACUGUCCUAAAGAGGAUGCACAGUCGUCUCCCAACCAGGACUUGGACUGUAUCAAGUUCUUCUCCUUCUCCCUCAUUGAUGGCUACAUCUCACUGGUGAUGGACACUGAGGCUCAGAGACAGUUUCCUGCUGAUCUUCUCUUCACCAGCUCCUCCGGGGAGCUGUGGAGAAUGGUCCGUAUAGGGGGACAACCGCUGGGCUUUGGUAAUACUGAUGUUGAAGCAGCUACUACAGCCCCAAACAUGUCAGAAAUGUUGGCACAUUUUGAGGCAUCCGCUUGUAGAUUCUUGAUCUUUUUCUCCCGUAAUUUCUCGGGCACCUCCCUUGUGCUUUGGUGGUCGUUUGUCCAUUUUAACGUGGAUGCUAAACUUCCAGCAUAAGCAUAACUACCGGUAUUACAGCUCGUGUAUCAGGGCCGGGAGUGGGGAAGGGGUUCCUGGAUUUGAUUGGGUCAGGCCAGUGCCAAUAAAGAAAAUUAACCAAUGUUAUUAUACAACAUUAUAUCAGCGAUUCGGCCCAAAAGUUCGUCGGCCAACCGGGAAAAUGCCUGUUAUGCCAGAUGGCCAGUCCAGCCCUGUUUCGGAGCCAGCAGUAGACACUAGUAAACAGAGGCACAAGUGGAUCAGCUUUUCCACCUCGGUGAAGAGCCCUCUUGUUUGUAGAUGUAGAGCUGAUACAAAGCGAGCAAGUUCUUUGACUGAGUGGAAUGCUUGUUGUUUUAAAAUUAUCCCUCUCUUCAUCCCACACACCCCAAACAUGACAUACAAAAUGUCGUGGAACAGAAACAACAACCACAGAUAUUUAUUGUCAUCGCAGUUUAAAAGCUUCGCCACCAGGUGGGGGCUGCAGCACCCCCAGCACCCCCACUUCCCACGCCUAUGAGACUUGGUGUCUGACUAGUGGCAUAAAUCCAAUCAGAAAUGGUCCAACUCCAACCAAAUAUGCAAAUUAAAAAAAAAAUAUAUAUAUAUAUAAGCAAAGUCUGUUCUCAGUGAUUUGCACUGCCGUCAUCUUCAGGUGACACAUAGAUACUGAGUAUACAGUACCGUCGUCUUUAAAAACUUUGAUAUAAAAAUAAAAUAUGGGAUUAAAAUGAGCAGACAAGCUGUUUAACAUGUGACUGGAAUACUCAGUGGUUCUGAAAUAAUAAACCUAAAAUAUUG